GCAGAGGCAGCGACGCCGGAGCCCGCGGUGGACGUGGUUCUCGAGGUGGUCGCGGGGGCCGGGCCGCCGCGCGACGAGGCCGCCUCGGCCGCCAUGCCGCUGCUCUUCCUCGAGCGCUUCCCCUGGCCCAGCCUGCGCACCUACGCGGGCCUCAGCGGCCUGGCGCUGCUCGCCACCAUCGUCAGCGCCUACCGCGCCCUCAGCCAGCCCGAGGCCGGGCCCGCGUCGCCGCCGGACCUGCUGCAGCCGCUCGCCGACGACCCGGAGCCCGGCGAGGCUGCGCGGCCGUCCGGGGCGCCCCGGGCCCGCGACGUGGCCCACUACCUGCUGUCCGACAGCCUGUUCGUCUGGGUUCUAGUAAACACUGCUUGCUGUGUUUUGAUGUUGGUGGCUAAACUAAUCCAGUGUAUUGUAUUUGGCCCUCUUCGAGUGAGCGAAAGACAACACCUCAAGGACAAAUUUUGGAAUUUUAUUUUCUACAAGUUCAUUUUCAUUUUUGGUGUGCUGAAUGUCCAGACCGUGGAGGAGGUGGUCAUGUGGUGCCUGUGGUUUGCUGGACUUGUAUUUCUGCAUCUGAUGGUCCAGCUCUGUAAGGAUCGAUUUGAAUAUCUUUCUUUUUCUCCCACCACACCGAUGAGUAGCCAUGGCCGGGUUCUGUCUCUGUUGAUUGCCAUGCUGCUCUCCUGCUGUGGCCUAGCAGUUGUGUGCUGUGUUACUGGCUAUAAUCAUGGAAUGCACACGUUGGCGUUCAUGGCUGCAGAGUCUCUUCUUGUGACAGUGAGGACUGCUCAUGUGAUUUUACGCUAUGUAAUUCACCUCUGGGACCUUAACCAUGAAGGGACAUGGGAAGGCAAAGGAACGUAUGUCUACUACACAGAUUUUGGCAUGGAGCUCACUCUCUUGUCCUUGGAUCUCAUGCAUCAUAUUCAUAUGUUGUUGUUUGGCAGCAUCUGGUUAUCCAUGGCCAGCUUGGUCAUCUUUAUGCAGCUACGUUACCUGUUCCAUGAGGUACAACGCCGAAUUCGCCGGCACAAGAACUAUUUGCGUGUGGUCGGGAACAUGGAAGCCAGGUUUGCAGUCGCCACUCCAGAGGAGCUUGCAGUCAAUAACGAUGACUGUGCCAUCUGUUGGGACUCAAUGCAGGCUGCCAGGAAGCUUCCCUGUGGACAUCUCUUUCACAAUUCCUGUCUUCGUUCCUGGUUAGAGCAAGACACCUCCUGCCCAACGUGCAGAAUGUCUCUUAAUAUCGUGGACAAUAAUCGUGCCCGGGAAGACCAUCAAGGAGAGAACUUGGAUGAGAAUUUGGUUCCUGUAGCAGCAGCUGAAGGCAGACCUCGCUUAAACCAACACAAUCACUUCUUCCACUUUGAUGGUUCACGGAUUGCAAGUUGGCUGCCGAGUUUUUCAGUGGAAGUGAUGCACACCACCAACAUUCUGGGCAUAACACAGGCCAGCAACUCUCAGCUUAAUGCCAUGGCUCAUCAGAUUCAAGAAAUGUUUCCCCAGGUCCCUUAUCAUCUCGUACUUCAAGACCUGCAACUAACACGUUCUGUUGAAAUAACAACAGACAAUAUUUUAGAAGGACGGAUUCAAGUACCUUUCCCCACACAGCGGUCAGAGAGCAUUAGACCUGCACUGAACAGUCCUGUGGAAAGACCCAUUGGUGACCAGGAGGAGGGAGAAACCUCUGCUCAGAAUGAGCAUAUGUCCCUGGAUCUCAGUCCUCGAUUGGAGGAGACCUUGGACUUUGGUGAGAUGGAAGCGGAGCGCUUCGAGGAAGAAGACUUUGAGGCUCGAGGGAGCCGCUUUUCUAAGUCUGCUGAGGAGAGACAGCGCAUGCUAGUCCAGAGGAAGGACGACCUGCUGCAGCAAGCAAGGAAGCGUUUCUUGAAUAAGAGUUCUGAAGAUGACUCAGCCUCCGAGAGUCUGACGCUCCCUUCGGAAGGCGCGACCUCUGACCCUGUGACCCUGCGACGCAGGAUGCUGGCGGCUGCGGCAGAGCGGAGACUUCAGAAGCAGCAGACCUCCUAGAGUCACCUCUGCACUCGGGCGGGUGCGCUCCUGCCUGCUGUCGGAGGGCGGCUGGAUGCAGUGCCCCGGCAGCUCAUGGCCCAUCGAUCCUUUUGUAAUACUUUGUAUGUGACAUUUCUCUGCCCUUAGAAACACUGCACAUUUUAACUCUAGGCAUGAGUUGUUCUGGCAUUGACUGGACUUCUUAGGGGUGAGAAAGUCAAGAGGAAGUGUGCAACAAGAGACCCCAAAAGACUGCAAAAGUCACAACAGAUGCUGGGGUCUGUUGCCCUUUACCUGGUAGGAAGGAGGUGGGGGCCGGAUUCACACAAAGCAGUGUGGAGCUUUUCAGCUGACCCACCACCACACAGUCUCUGCUCCAGCCAUUCUGCUCAGUAAGGGAUCCUUAAGAAUGUUCCAGACCAAACUCUCUCAGGCUUCUGGACCCCUGGGCUGGCAGGGCUUCUUGGGGAAAGAACACUUGGUUUUGACACCUGGAGCCAAGGAGGGGAGAGUAGAGUGUGAGGCGGUGACCUCUUGUGCCCUAGGACUUCAGGGACUCUUUUUUCCUGAGCCCCAAUCCAAAGCUGGCUUUAUUUCCGUUAACGCUGGUGCUCCUGCCUCCUACAGUACCCUGUGUGUCUGUCCUUUCUGCAUUUCAUUGCCCACCUCCACUUCUUUGAACACUGGGAAGGUCAGCAUUGAAAGGGUUAAGCAGCAAGCUUUGGGCUUAGGGUUUGAAUUCCUUGGUGAAGUAAAUUAGGGAAUGCCAAAGGCUGUAGGUUUAGUUCCCAGAGAAACGUGGCCUUUUGAGAUGGUAGAGUACCUUUUGGAGGAAUUUAUUGAUGAAAUAAAAAGAUACCUUUUGUAUCUUUCUUCCCUGGAGCCCAUUGUUUUCAUGAAUUUGUUCUAUUGGUUUAAUAAAACAUAGAAAAGUUAGCUGUGGAGUCUACCUGCCUUGAGCAGACCCAGGUCCUGAACCUUUUCAAAUUCUUCAUACAUUUAACUAAGGAUUUGGAAUGUGCAAUCAUAGACUACAUAGUUCAGUUUUAUGUCCUAUUGAAUUAAGUUUUUUUUUUUAAUGUUUGAAAGCAUAGUUUUAUGGUAGUCCUUUUGGGAAGAACCAGUAUUAUCUAAAAUUAUUGGCAAAUUGAAACAUAUUUUGCAUAACAAAAUUUUUAGACUGUUGAAAUUAACUGAGAGUGAUGAGUAAAUAUUUAGGCUGAGAUAAUUUAUUUCAAUAAAUCUUUCAAAGCCUUACCUAAAGAUACUGUUAGUAAAUUUCUGUGAUUUUGUUUUGCUGAAAGCAUAGCUUUGUUUUUAUUGAGACAAUAAUAAAAAGCAAAUUAUGUAUAUGUG